GGUUAAACGCCUUCAAGGGAAAGAGGAUUUCCAGAAAGCAGCCAGAAAUAUUGACUUAUUACAAGAGAAAUUUAGUCGGAGAGUAAAUACCCUUGAAAACGACAUUCAGUCACUUCAGAAAACAUAUAAAAAAAUACUGGAUGACAUCAGUACAUUACACAGGCAGCUCAGUGAAGCUGUAAAGAAACUUAAGACAGACACAAUUAAAGAACUUGAUGCACUUAUGGCUACCAUAAAGGCAUCGAUAGAAAGUGACGCUGAACAAUGUACCAAACUUCAAACACAGUUGAAUUGCUUCCAAGACAAAAUUAAAAGUCUAGAAGACCAUUUUGAAGCCAUGUCUAUUAUUAUGUACACUAAAAUUGCGAACCUUGCUUCUGAGACAGAGACUUUUCUAAAAGACGUGAAAACACAUAAUAAAGUUAGUAUGACAUUUACUCCUGAUGCAACCAUUACACAGUCUUUAUCCACACUGUCAGGUUUAGGAAAAACUGAACGUUUUUCCAAAGUUUCGCAUCCACCAAGAAAAUAAAAUAAUGAUUCUAUUGAGAUUGACUUUGGGACAUUUUAGACGAGACAGACAAAAUACUUACUGUCAAUGGAAUUUUUAAACGGUGUAGAAUGAAAACAGACACUGACACAGAACCCUGUUACAUAUCUGGUAUUUGUGAAACAGCAGAAGGCAAACUGAUCAUCUCAGACAAGAGGAACAAAAACGUGAAAUUACUGGAUCAUAGGUACAAUGUGGUGUCUCAAUGUAACAUGCCCGCCCCAGUCUUCGCCAUGAACAGCGUUGAGCCCAGUCUGGUAGCUGUUGCUGUGGAUGGCCGUCAUUGCCACGAGAUACAUUUUAUAAGAGAAAUAAGUGGUCAGCUAAAAUGGGGCAGAAAGCUGACACUGCAACACCUUUGUAUAGGCAUUGUCCAUCACCAUGGCAGCCUGUACAGAACAUUAGGUACCGCCCUGUACCAGUACACUGCGGAUGGGGAACAGCUCAAGAAAAUCUAUGAGGAUAAUUCUCCCCGCUCUGUUUCCUCGUGUGCCGUAAGUAGAGAUGGGGCCAGGCUAUAUGUGACUGAUCAGAUCACAAAUAAGCUUGUCACUAUGUCCAGGGAUGGCACAGUGAUCUCCACACUAACUGAACCUGAAUUAGACAAAGUUAGAUAUUUCGAAUGGGCUUCAUUACUUAUAGAAAAAUCCGUGCACGCGUUUUCAGUAUCUUGCUUUGUCCACGUGACAGAGAUGGGACAAGUUCUAGUGUGUGGACGUGACUAUAAUUCAGUCCUCCAGGUGGACAGAGAUGGGAAACAGAUACUUUCAGAGGUGUUUACAAGGUUGGUAGAUGAACCAACAUCUUUUUACUACAGUAGAAACACAGGCACUCUCAUUUUGGGAUUGCUCAAAUUUGACUCGAUUUACUUGUUAACCUAAUAUUUUUUUAAUCUAUGUUAAGCAAAGAAUUUGUA